AUUCCACAGCAGCAUCACGCGAGCAGCGACACAACCUGGUGUCCCGCGCAUACGAUCAGAUCAGCUUCAGUUUGACAAAGCAGGAGCCUCCACCCUCUGGCUUUCUGGGGCGAAGAGAAGCGUUUGUUUUGUUUUGUCUCCUUCGUUAGGUGGUGCAUGUAGAUGUGCGGUGUGUGCGCCCCAAGAAACCAGCUGUAACGUUCUCCUUUCACCCAGUACAGUUUUCACGAGCAACAAAUUCAAUCCCAUUGCAUCUAGCAAAUACUGGAUCAGCUUGCCCGUCACAGGAAAAUAGCUAAGCGAAGCAGUAUAUGCGACCAUGUCACAGUCGGCGUAUCAUCUGGAAGCGCAGCGGAAGCAGCGUGUUGUCGACCGAGCGAAUGAGGUGCAACUGAGGAGAGCGGGCGGUAGUGACGGCACAGCGGGUACUCUGACGGUAAAGCGCAACGGCCAGACAACACCGACCACCGUACCCCACCCGUACGGAACAGACAGCCGCUCCUCGUCUCGCACGGACAGUCGCCUUGGCUCGGCGUGUCGCUCGCAGACCAGCAGCCAGAUGAGCUACAGCCGGAGUGAGCCGGAAGGGUUCAUGCGCACCGAUUCGGCACGAUCUCGUACUCAUGCCGAUCACCAGAGGUCGCAGUCGGUGAAGGAUGCAGGAACCUUGCCACUCCGUGUUAGAAGACGUAGUUCGGAUCUGGACUAUUUGAUGCAGUGGUGACGCCAGUCUACGCGAGAGUGUCUCAGCAUGAUCUGUGUCUUCCAUGCUGUGACGACUGCAUGUGUGAUGCCCGCACUCUGCCAUACCAGCUCUGGCCUUGACUGCAGCGUUGGCCAUGCAACGCCAGCAGCCAGUGAAGCAUGGGAGACAAUACCAGGCACUGCACAUGCCUGCUUCUUUGCACUAUCCAUUCUGUUCGCCUGGUACGUACAUGUCAACAUCGAGUUCGCAUCAGUCUGCCAUUAAUAAAUUUAACGCAAUUCUCCGAUGGGUCUCACUAUGACUGUAGCUUCCUUGCAAGCGAGGUGGUGGUAUGUGCCGUGCUCGUGUCACAGCUGGCAUAGCUACUACUAGUAGUACAUGUACCACAAUUCUACCAACAACUAUGUCUACACCCGUCUGCCAAUAGAAUAAUUAUGACGGUUUUGAUUUUAAAACUAUUCAAUGCCAUUUCAUGGAAUGCAUACAUUGCAGCAGCAUCUCAGUCGCAGCAUUAUCAACGCGACCUAGACCUAACGCUAGUGAGCAUCUUCUGCGCUCGUGCAUUGUAAUUCCGGUCACCUUUUGUAGAAAGAAAAUAAGUAGUUAUGAUCACUGCGAGAAUAACAGUAGUACAGCCUGCAGCAAACUCCUCAAUCACUACCAUAAUGUGUGCACAAUACUAUCAUCCACUAGUA